AUGGAGGAACAGGUGUUCAAAGGGGACCCAAACACCCCUCAUUCCAUCUCCUUCUCGGGCAGUGGAUUCCUGUCCUUCUACCAGGCUGGGGCCGUGGACGCCCUGCGGGACUUGGCCCCGAGGAUGCUGGAAACGGCCCAUCGCUUUGCAGGGACAUCAGCAGGGGCCGUGAUUGCGGCCCUGGUCAUCUGCGGGAUUGAAAUGGGUGUGCGAGCCCUGUACUGCAGCUGCUUCGUGCCUGUGUACUGUGGCCUCAUCCCCCCGACUUACCGCGGCGAGAGGUACAUCGAUGGGGCCUUCACGGGCAUGCAGCCCUGCUCCUUCUGGACGGACUCCAUCACCAUCUCCACCUUCAGCGGGCAGCAGGACAUCUGUCCCCGGGACUGCCCCGCCAUCUUCCACGACUUCCGCAUAUUCAACUGCUCCUUCCAGUUCUCCCUGGAGAACAUCGCCAGGAUGACCCACGCACUGUUCCCCCCAGACCUGAUGGCCCUGCACGAUUACUACUACCGAGGGUACGACGACACAGUUCUGUACUUGAGGCGGCUCAAUGCUGCUUACCUUAAUUCUCCCUCCAAGAGAGUGAUCUUCCCCCGGGUGGAAGUGUACUGCCAGAUAGAAGUCGCCCUCGGCAAUGAGUGCCCUGAACGCAGUCCACCAAGCUCCCGAUCGGAGCAGGCCUGUCUGGAAGAACCCACACAGCUUCGCACACAGUGGGCUCCCGAAGGGGAUGGACUUGAUGGCCAUGGCCCACCUGUGUCCCCUCCUGUACAGACACCUGACUCCACAUGUGAGUGCCCUGUGGAGUCAUCUGUUUCUCCACCUGUCUGUUCACUAGAGCAGUCACCUGCAUCGCCACUGGCCUCAUCACCGCCACGUUCUCUGACUGACUUGCCACCUGUGUCACCUACAUCACUCUCAGCUGUGCACUUACCACCCAGCUCAACAUCUAGCUCACCACUGCCCACCACACCAUCUGGGCUGUCACCUGUGUCGCCUCAGCAGCAGGUACAACCACCUGGAUCACCACCCAGAUCCCCACCCUCCCAGGCAUCCACAUCACCCAGCCCAUCCCUGGGACCUUCAGCUGUGGGGGCACCUCAAAUAUCGCCCCAAGGUUCUCCUUCGGCAUCACCAGCACAGCCACCUGCAGAGGAACUGCACCCAGAACAGCCCCAAGCUCUGGCUCCCUUUGCCUCUUCAAAUCCGAAAAGCACCGCUCCUCCAGUUAAUGUGAAGGAAGCCAUCAGCAAGUCUCACGUAAUGGAGAGGCCUACUGAAGACUCGAACUCUGUGAAUAAGGUAUUCAAGAAGAACAAACAAAAGACAAGUGGCACCAGAAAAGCCUUCUCAAGACAUUUGCGAUCCAAAAAACCAAGCAGCAAAGUGCAGUGA